AUGAACGGCAGCAGCAACAACAACAACAACAACUUGGUCCCACCACAUCAUCAUCAAUCCUCAUUACCCACAACACCCACUGCACAACAGCAACGAUUUGAUGCUACUGCUUCAACCAGACCUUUGAGCCGUCGUGGCAGUCCAGCGACAUCAUCGAGCAGCGUGCCAUCCGAAGAACAAAACCGUUUCGCCGGUGCCAAAUUGGAAGAUUUUCAAGGCAAAAUCUAUGAAUUAUGCAAGGACCAGAAUGGAUGUCGGUUCUUGCAAAAGAAGCUUGAAGAACCUGAUCGACAGCAAUUGCAUCUUAUCUUUGACGAAGUUCAGCCUCAUUUUGUGGAAUUAAUGACAGAGCCAUUCGGUAAUUAUCUGUGCCAGAAGCUCAUUGAGCAUUGCGACGAUAGCCAACGGGAUAUUUUGGUCGAUACCGUCGCACCUGAUCUGCUCAAAAUCUCAUUGAAUAUGCAUGGCACGCGUGCAGUUCAAAGAUUCAUCGAGUUUCUAUCCACGUCUCAGCAGAUUCAUGCAGUGACGGUUGCUCUAAACCCUAACGUAGUCACCUUGAUCAAAGACUUGAACGGCAACCACGUGAUCCAAAAGUGUCUUCAUCGGUUAUCAGCUGAGCACAAACAGUUUAUCUAUGAUGCAGUCAGUGAACAUUGUAUCCAGGUUGCUACGCACCGUCAUGGCUGCUGUGUACUCCAACGCUGCAUCGAUUAUGCAUCGGAAGCACAAAAGAAUCAACUUGUCAAAGUGAUUACAUGGCAUGCAUUGCCUCUUGUUCAAGAUCCGUUUGGUAAUUACGUGGUGCAAUACGUCCUUGACUUGGGUGAUAUCGCAUACACCGAUACCUUGGUCCGUUGCUUCCUUGAGCACGUAUGCGACUUGAGUGUGCAAAAAUUCAGCUCCAAUGUCAUUGAAAAGUGCAUUCGAGUGGCCGAACCAGAUACGCGUCGACUGAUGGUCACUGAACUACUGAACGAAACCAACAUUGAAAAGCUACUGCGAGACUCUUUUGCAAACUAUGUUGUACAAACAUGUCUCGAAUACGCAGAUCAAGACCAGCGUGUGCAGCUUGUGGAAUACAUUCGCCCCUUGUUGCCUUCGAUCAGGAGCACACCCUAUGGUAAACGGAUCCACAGCAAGAUCCAACGUGAGCAACCGCAGCAAGGCGGUGCAGGUAGCAACGGUGGCCGUCAACGCGGUGUCAGACAACACCAAAGUCUUGGCUCUUUGCGCUAUGGCAGCAACAGCAGCUCGUUUGGAUACCAGAACGGAGAGGGGUCGCUUGCUGCGUUUGGACUUCCAUUGAUUGGGAACAGCAGUGACCCACUCUAUCCAUACCCGUAG